UGUAGAGGAUAUUUGAUACUAGUUUAUCAAUAUUCUAUCACAUCCAAAUUAAUAGAGGAGAGAAAUAAGAGGUUUCCAUGAAAAAUAAUCAAUAAUAAAGUCGAAAAACAAAAAAGUAUACCAUUUAAGUGAUGAGUGGACCCUUAUGAAUGAAUUUCUUGGAAGCAUGAGGGGGUUCUUCAUUUAAGUUGUAGCAUAUAAAGCACAAGGGGUUGCAGCAUUGGCUACAAAUGCAUAAAGUACUGCUGAGAUGGAGUCAAAAUGGUUAGCCAUGGUUCUUGUAGUGUUAUCGUUAGGUUCUGGGCUGUGUGAUGGUUGCUUAGAGGAAGAAAGAUUUGCUCUCUUCCAACUCAAACCUUUCUUUGAGUUCAUUGAUUAUAAGUUUGAAUUAGAUCUAAUCUAUUAUGAUUACUUGGUGGAUGAAAUUAAAGAGAGUUCAUCAAAUUGUUGUGAGUGGGAAAGGGUUGAAUGCAACCCAAUAAGUGGACGAGUCACCCAUCUUUUCCUUAACCAUUCCAGCUACAAGAAGAUACAUUGGUAUCUUAAUGCCUCUUUGUUUCUUCCUUUUGAGGAAAUACAGAACAUUUAUUUAAGUGGGAAUUCUAUAGCUGGUUGUGUUGUCAAUCAAGGUUUUGAAAGGUUGUCAUUGAAAUUGGACAAGUUGGAGAAUCUUGACUUGAGUGAAAAUCAUUUCAACCAUAGCAUUUUAGCAUCCUUAAGUGAACUUUCAUCACUCAAGUCUUUAAAUCUAGCUUACAAUAUAUUCACAGGAUUAAAUCCUACCAAUGGUAAAAGUAUUAAAUUGUAUAUGAUGCAAAGCUUAUCCAAGUUUAAAGUAGUUUUGACCCUUUUUUUAAUAUUAUUGUUGAUAGAUAUUGAGAUGUUAUCAAAGCUGAAAAAUUUAGAAACUUUGGAUUUAUCUGGCAAUAGUUUAAGAAAUAACAUCCUAUCACAACUAGACGGUUUUGCCUCUUUAAAAUCAUUGCGUUUGGAGUAUUGCGGACUAAAAGGAACCCUUGAUAUACAAGGCAUGUUUCCUUUUUGAAUAUCAUGCUUAAUUUGAUUAAAAAAAUAGAAAGCUUACUAGUUAGUUGUUUUUAUAAGGGUAAAGCAACAUUUAGUCCUUGAAUUUAGUAAUUUUUUCUA